UGAGCUAUAAUACGCGGUAUUCGUAUGUUUGCUGGUUAAAUGUCCACUGAAUCUCGAGAGGUUUUUGACGGCUUCAAAACAUCCAGUGUUGACAUGUACAUUAGUCAAUCACCCGACGAAUACAACAAAUUGACCCACGGAAAUUAGAAUGGUUUGCUGACUGUUUUGAGGGUUAUUCACACUGAAGAGUAGGCAUGGAGGAUAAUGGUGCAGACAUAGGUGAUGCUCUAGAUGGUCUAGACGACUUCCUUCAAGAUGAAAAUCUCUUUCAAGACUUGGAAGAUCUUGGAAAAGUACUUGAUGAACUCAACGAGGCUGAUGAUGGGGGAGAGUCUUCUGAUGCUGGGGAAUCUGGUGGAGCCUCGAAAAGAGAUUUUGAAUUUGAUCCCGAUGAAUUGCCAGGCAUUGAUGAUAUUCUGGGCAGUGCAACUAAAACUUCACAAGCAGAGGAAUUGGAAGACGGGGAGAUUUCAGAGGUUGAUGAGAAGAAUGAAUUGAAAGAACUCAAGAAAAGGAAAAUGGAAGUUAUUAACAAGAUGAGAAAAUUAGUCAAACAUAAGAUACAGUUGACAAACCAAAGAAAUGAUUUGCUUUUGCAGCUACAGAGUAAUACACAGCUUGAUAAAGUUACUACCCUGCUGAAAGAGAAUUCCACAGCUUGUGAAAGCAAUAUUCUAAUCAGAUCUUCAGGAUGA